AACUUGCCAACAUCUCCUCCUUUUGUUUCACUCACUUGUGUGUGGACAGUUGAGUUCCACGUAUGUCAUUUGAGUAGCCCACAUUCUUAAAUUGUUUUACAUUUUCAGAUUGCUACACUUGGAUUAAAAAGGCACAAUCUUUUUGGUUCCUGUUAUAUAGUAAUUAACUGAAUUGUAGAGAGCAAAGAUGAGAGUUGCAGUGGUUGGUGCUGGGAUUAGUGGGUUGGUUUCUGCUUAUGUUUUGGCCAAAGGUGGAGUGAAUGUGGUGCUCUAUGAGAAGGAGGACUGGUUGGGAGGGCAUGCCAAGACUGUGAAUGUUGAUGGUGUUGAUGUGGACCUUGGUUUCAUGGUCUUCAACCGAGUCACAUAUCCCAAUAUGAUGGAAUUUUUUGAGAGUCUUGGAGUUGUUAUGGAAUCAUCAGACAUGUCAUUUUCUGUUAGCCUAGACAAUGGCCGGGGCUGCGAAUGGGGAAGCAGAAAUGGUUUGUCCAGCUUGUUUGCACAGAAAAGGAAUGCACUGAAUCCUUACUUCUGGCAAAUGAUUAGGGAAAUUAUCAAGUUCAAAGAUGAUGUUAAUAGCUAUCUUGAUAUGCUUGAGAAUAACCCAGAUAUUGACCGCAAUGAGCCACUUGGGGAAUUCAUCAAAUCAAGGGGUUACUCAGAAUUAUUUCAAAAAGCAUAUCUUAUUCCAAUUUGUGGUUCUAUCUGGUCCUGCUCUUCUGAAGGAGUUAUGAGCUUUUCUGCUUUCUCGGUUCUUUCAUUCUGUCGCAAUCAUCAUCUACUUCAGCUCUUUGGCAGACCACAGUGGCUAACUGUAAGAUGGCGCUCACAAAAUUAUGUUAAGAAGGUCAAAGAAGAGCUAGAGAGUAAAGGUAGUCAAAUAAUAGCUAAUUGUGAGGUUCACUUGGUUUCAACAUCUGAAAAAGGAUGUGUUGUGUACUGCAAAGAUGGUUCUCAAGAAAUGUAUGAUGGAUGUAUAAUGGCAAUACAUGCACCUGAUGCCUUGAGACUAUUAAGAGAUGAAGCAACAUAUGAUGAGCGAAGAAUUCUUGGUGCUUUUCAAUAUGCAUACAGGUAAAAUCCAUUCUAAUAUUUCUAAUUGUUGGAUGUGGUUAUAUUUACAUUUGAAGCAUUGAUCAAAUUCAUGCAUUCCUGGAAGCCACAAGAUACAUUCAUGUCAUCACGUAUGUUAAUGAGUAAAAAAUGUUAAGCUGAUAAAAUCAAGAAUCUUUUGUUGUCUAUAUUCAAAUAUGUCCAAAUGCACAAUUAUUCUUUGAUCUGUAUUGGCAGUGAUAUUUUUCUUCAUCGUGACAAAAAUUUAAUGCCCAAAAACCCAGCAGCAUGGAGUGCAUGGAAUUUUCUUGGAAGUAACAACAACAAAGUUUGUGUGACAUACUGGCUCAAUAUUCUUCAGAUCGUAUACCAGAAAAUACCUUGCUGAAGUGGUCAACUGGCCAUCCAAUCCCAUCAGUUGCUGCAUUCAAAGCUUCGUUAGAGCUAGACCAUAUUCAAGGGAAAAGAAGAAUCUGGUUUUCAGGGGCCUAUCAAGGUUAUGGAUUUCAUGAAGAUGGAUUAAAGGCUGGCAUGAUUGCAGCUCAUGGCAUUCUUGGAAGAUGCUGUGCCCUUCAAACCAACCCAAAACACAUGGUACCUUCUUGGAAGGAACUGGGAGCACGCAUUUUUGUGACUAGAUUCCUGAGUUGUUUUAUCACUACUGGUUGUUUAACUUUAUUGGAAGAAGGAGGAACGAUGUUUACCUUUGAGGGAACUGGGAAAAACUACUCUCUGAAGAGUGUUAUAAGAGUCCACAAUCCCCAAUUUUAUUGGAAGGUGAUGACACAGGCUGAUUUAGGCCUUGCAGAUGCAUAUAUCAACGGGGACUUUUCAUUUGUUGAUAAAAAUGAAGGUCUCUUGAAUCUUAUUUUGAUUCUCAUAGCUAAUAGAGAUUCAAAUGCAUCCAACUCAAAAUUGAAGAAUAGAGGUUGGUGGACACCAGUUUUCCUUACAGCUGGUUUGGCAUCUGCAAAGUUCUUCAUGGAGCAUGUUUCAAGGCGAAAUACUCUCACACAGGCUCGCAGGAACAUCUCUAGGCAUUACGACCUGAGCAAUGAACUCUUUGCUAUUCUCUUGGAUGAAACAAUGACAUAUUCAUGUGCAGUGUUCAAGAAUGAAGACGAAGACUUGAAAGAUGCACAAAAGAGAAAAAUAUCUCUUUUGAUUGAAAAAGCUAGAAUAGAUAAGAAACAUGAAAUUCUAGAGAUUGGAUGUGGAUGGGGAAGUUUAGCUAUUGAAGUUGUCAAACAAACUGGUUGCAAAUACACUGGUGUUACUUUGUCCAAGGAGCAAUUGAAACUCGCAGAAGAAAGAGUUAAAGAUGCUGGGCUUCAGGACCACAUCAACUUUCUUCUGUGUGACUAUCGCCAAUUGCCAAAGACAUACAAAUACGAUAGGAUUAUAUCUUGUGAAAUGAUAGAAGCUGUUGGCCAUGAAUAUAUGGAAGAGUUCUUUGGUUGUUGUGAAUCAGUUUUGGCAGAUGAUGGCCUUCUUGUUCUCCAGUUCAUAUCAAUCCCGGAUGAGCGUUACGAUGAGUACAGGCGCAGUUCUGAUUUUAUAAAGGAAUAUAUUUUUCCAGGAGGUUGCCUCCCCUCUCUAAGUAGAAUAACAUCAGCCAUGGCAGCCAAAUCCAGACUAUGUGUGGAGCACGUUGAAAACAUAGGAAUUCAUUACUACCAAACGCUCAGAUGCUGGAGAAAAAACUUCAUGGAAAGGCAGAGCGAAGUUUUGGCUCUUGGAUUUAAUGAAAAAUUUAUAAGGACAUGGGAAUACUAUUUUGAUUACUGUGGUGCAGGUUUUAAGUCACGCACACUUGGGAAUUAUCAGGUGGUUUUCUCACGCCCUGGUAAUGUUACUGCAUUCAGCAAUCCAUACAAAAGCUGACCCUAAGCCUGUUGAUUUGUUUCUAAGGAGAUAACAAGCCUCACACAUUCUAUCAAAGUACAUUGCAUGAUGGUGCCAUUUUGCUGCUUUCAUGAUAGUCUAAUCAUUCCUUCUGUCAAUUUAUCUCUUGUGCAUUGUUGAAUUAGAGGAGCUUAAAUGUGCUGCUUCGCAGUGGCAAACAGCUAGAUUGAUGAGAUAUUUUUUCUCAUAAAAAAUGAUGAUUUUUUGAAUGGAGUUAGCUUAUAUGUAAUUCUUAUUAACAAAGUAUUUCAGAUUAAUGAUGAGAUUUCAAUAAACUAUUAAAGCUUGAAUGC